AUCUAUACUGUGUAUAUACGAGCCCUUCCAUGUGACAGCUGCAUGACGUACCUAAGGAACCCGGACUGCAUUCAGCGGAUCAACAAACCAACGACAACGGUUCCGUACCACUCGAGGCCAACAUUGAUGCUCCACCACUAGGAAUAGACAAUAUGGUAUACUGACAGAGUGCCCGCUCUUGAUAUUACCAGACUAAGACUGUCCGCAACAUGCGCUCCACCCUCCUUCUGGGGCGAAUAUGCUGGCGCUGCGCAAGCGAACUUCCUCGGCAGCAAAUCACGCGAAACCUACAGCAGACUCUCCGUAGUGGAGCACAAAGAAGAAAUAUAUCAAUACUACAUCACGUCCGACAAGGCUUCCGUCGCCCUCCCCCUCCAAUACGUGGUGGUACCGUCCUGUUAGCCGCAGCCCUGAGUCCCGCAGUCUUCGUAUCCAUAGCCGAAGACGAAGGCAGCGACAGACAUGGCAAGACGCACGAAGAGCAGAUGCUAGAGCUGUCACGUCAAGAGCUCGAGGAGCGGGUUCCGGACCGAUUGAAACAUUCACGCAAAUGGAGACGAGCGUUGUGGAAGUUCUUGGACGGAUGGAUCGUGGAACCCAUUGCGACGGGGUUUCGGUUCCUACAUUUGGUGGUUAUAUUCGUGCCGGUGUUAGUGACAAUACCACUUAUCUGGUUUGGGCCGCGGCAGGCCGAUAGGGAUAAUGAGAGGUCGGGUACGUUGUGGUGGUAUGGCUUUCUCGUGUCCUCGAUGGAGCGAGCAGGCGCGGCGUUCAUCAAACUGGGUCAGUGGGCUGCAAGUAGGACGGAUAUCUUUCCAGAGCAGAUGUGCUCGAUUAUGUCUGCUUUGCACUCGAACGCUCCAGCGCAUUCUUUGAAGGUCACCAAGCAGACACUAGAGCAGGCAUUCGGAAGGCCAUUCAACGACAUAUUCGAGGAGUUUCACGAAAAGCCAUUGGGUGUCGGUGCGAUAGCACAGGUUUACAAGGCCAAGCUGAAGCCUGACCUCGCCAUGCUGGACGAUGAGGAUCUGCGAAAGCCACAGUCUCUACGGGAGAAAGCCAUGAAAACCGUCGACCCAUUACUGAAGAGCACACCACAACGCAUACCGUCAAGCUACGUAGCGAUCAAAGUGCUACACCCAAAGAUCGAGCGCAUAGUGAGGCGUGACCUGCGCAUCAUGGGCUUCUUCGCCAACAUAAUCAACGCGAUACCAACGAUGGAGUGGCUGAGCUUCCCAGACGAGGUCAAGCAAUUCGGCGAGAUGAUGCGCUUACAGCUGGACCUUCGCAUCGAGUCGGCCAAUUUGACUAUCUUCCGCAAGAACUUCCGCAACCGCACGACAGCCUCGUUCCCGUAUCCUUACAGCCAGUACACUACCCGACAGGUGCUCGUGGAAGAGUUCGCGACCGGCAUCCCGCUUGAGCACUUCCUUCAGAACGGCGGUGGCGUGUUUCAGAAGGAGAUCGCGGAUGAAGGUCUCGAUGCUUUUUUGCACAUGCUGCUCAUCGACAAUUUCAUCCACGCCGACUUGCAUCCGGGCAACAUCAUGGUUCGCUUUUACAAACCCGCUGUGGUGGAUGUUGGAGUGAACAUCCAUUCCUUCACCGGCAGGCCAAAGGCUAGUCCGGAAAACAGCCGGGACGUGACCGAAGAUGUGCUCGAGCGAUUGAGACCACAUCGCCACGAGAAGGGCGCGUGGACGGAGACACUGGCGCAGAUUGAUAAGGAAGGCUACCGACCCCAGCUCAUCUUCAUUGACACCGGAUUAGUGACGGAACUGAACGACACGAAUCGGAAGAAUUUCCUCGACCUCUUUAAAGCGGUGGCGGAGUUCGAUGGGUACAAAGCUGGGCAUCUCAUGGUGGAGCGGUGUCGGCAGCCGGAAGCCGUCAUUGACAAGGAGGUGUUUGCACUGAGGAUGCAGCACCUUGUUCUUGGGGUUAAGAGCAAGACGUUCGCUCUGGGCAACAUUAAGAUUGGUGACAUCCUCAACGAGGUGCUUAGCAUGGUUCGCGGGCAUCAUGUCCGUCUCGAAGGCGACUUUGUCAAUGUCGUGCUUAGCAUAUUGUUGCUGGAGGGUAUUGGGCGGAGUCUGGAUCCUAACCUUGACCUGUUUUCUGGUGCGCUUCCGAUCCUGCGACAGCUUGGCGCUCAGAGCGGCGCCUCCAUGCUACGAUCCGGCGAUCUGUCGAUGGCCAAGGUUUGGGUUGGCCUUGAAGCCCGCAAGUUCCUGCAAGCCAGCAUCGAGAGCGUUGAGAUGUGCGUGAAGUACGACCAGCUCUCCCCUAACAUAUAACCGGAAGUCGAGAAAGUGCGACAGGCUUCGUCUAAUGAUCAGGUGGUGCCCGUACGAACCAGCGUAUGCGACAUCGAGGUUGACAAGCAGCCACGUUUGAGAAGGUUU